UUCACAAUACCUAGCCUCUAGCCAUGGCUCUCCUUGUGCCAUUAUUGGUGCUGCUUCUCUUCUCUAGCUCCUGUGGUACAUCAUCAUCUCUUGACAUUUCCCAUGGAGCAACCGCAGCCAGCGUGGGCGACGAGCUCAACUACGUCGCCGUGGAAACUACCUCGCUCGAGCCGAGCCCCGUCUGCCAAGGUCACAGGGUGAGCCCAUCGGCCAGCGGCACCGCCAACCUUACCGGCGGCGCCUGGGUGCCGCUGAGCCAUCCUAAUGGUCCGUGCUCCGAGGCAGGGAACAGUGGCGCGCCGUGGUCAUCCGCGGCCGAGACGCUCCAGUGGGACCAGCACCGCGCCGGAUACAUCCAGAGGAAGCUCUCCGGCAAUGAGCCCUCCGGCGACGACGACGAACCGCCCCUUCAGCAACCCCAGGCAUCCGGGGUCACUAGCGAGCCCGCCGCAAAGUUUGCUCUGCCAGCUGGAAAUCAGGGGAAGUCCGAGGUCACUCCGACGGCCACGGUCGGCGGGGGCAGUCUGCCCGGAGUGACCCAACACAUGGUGAUCGACACGGCCAGCGACGUGCCGUGGGUGCAGUGCACGCCCUGCCCAAAGCCGCAGUGCCACCCUCAGACGGACGCCACGUACGACCCAAGCAAGUCCACCACCUAUGCUCCCUUCCCUUGCAGCUCGCCCGUCUGCCGCCAGCUCGGUCCGUACGCCAACGGCUGCACCGGCGCCGGCAACACCGGCCAGUGCCAGUACCGCGUCCAGUACCCCGACGGAUCAUCCACCUCCGGCACCUACAUCUCCGACGUGCUAACAAUCACCCCCACCCCCGCCGGCACGGUCAGCGGCUUCCGCUUCGGGUGCAGCCACGCCCUGCAGCGACCCGACCUCUUCAGCAACACGACCGCCGGGAUCAUGUCGCUCGGCCGGGGCGCGCAGUCCCUCUCGUCGCAGACCAAGGGAACCUACGGCCACGUCUUAUCCUACUGCGUCCCGCCGACGUCGAGCAACACCGGCUUCUUCGUCCUCGGCGUCCCGAGGAUCGCCGCCUCCAAGUACGUGCUCACGCCCAUGCUCAAGAGCAAGAUGGUCCCGUCCAUGUACCUCGUGCGCCUCCGUGGCAUCGACGUAGCCGGUCAGCGCCUCGCCGUGCCUCCCAUGGUAUUUGCCGCCGGCGCGGUGAUGGACUCCCGCACCGUCAUCACGCGCCUCCAGCCCACGGCGUACCGCGUGCUGCGCGACGCCUUCAGGGCCCAGAUGGGCGCGUACCGCGUCGCCGCGCCCAAGGGCCAGCUUGACACCUGCUACGACUUCACCGGCGUCCGCACCCUGAGGCUGCCCAAGAUCUCGCUUGUGUUCGACAGCCGGAGCAACGGCGGCGCUGCCGUGGAGCUGGACCCGUCGGGGGUGCUGUUCAACAGCUGCCUCGCGUUCGCGUCCACCGGCGGCGGCGACGGAUCCACCGGUGUCAUCGGCCACGUCCAGCAGCGGACGAUCGAGGUGCUCUACAACGUCGGCGGCAGCGCCGUCGGGUUCCGCCGUGCCGCGUGCUGAGCUACUACACAGCGCGCGUUCAGCCUACCUACCAUCGUUUGGGUUCUUGGGUAAUAUCCCUAUUGGGCCUUUCACCUAUGGCCGACAAAUAAGCCGAUUCGAUAAGUGUUUUUGUGUGCCGUAUUUCCCGUUACCAAUAUUUUGUGUGCCUUUAUCGAUUGUAAAAGCUUUACUUAUUGUGCGAAAUGAAGGUUGAGAAUUAUUUUUUGUGGUUUAA